AUGGAAAAAGCCGUCUUCAGUUCUUCAAUGGCUUCUUUGCUACAAAAAUUUCUGAAAAAACAACCGUCAUCAAGACUCACCACGGCUUUUCGCCCUUUCCAAACAGCAAACUCCACCUUUCCAAAUAAUCAAGAACAGGGCCUGCCCACUGAACCCUUCCAAAUAAGCCCAAUAAUAACGCAUCAAUUUGUUGGAUCCUCUAGUUCAACAUUGAUCUUCCCUAGUUUCCCUUUUGGGUUUGCUUUAAAACCUGUUUUUGAAAAUGGGAUUCUUUCCCAUCAGUCUGAGGAUACUGAACUGGAAGAUUCUCGAACCCUUUGGGCUGAUAGCGUGAAGAAGAAGCGGAAGAAGAAGAUGAACAAACACAAGUAUCAGAAGCUUAGGAAGCGGAUGAGGAGACAAACAUAG